AUGGACUUGGUUCCGGCCGAGGUCUCCGCUCCUGCUGAUCCGCGCCUGGUGCUGAGGAAGAGGCUCGGCGAGGAGAUGGAGGCGCUCCGCGGCAUCUUCAGGAAGGCCGAGCUCGUGGUGCGCAAGACUGUCGACAAAGGUCGCGCGGCACCUCGCUGCGGCAAGGACGGGCGUUUCUUGGCCGCAGAAGCCGGAUCAGAGACCAUCGAGGCCAACCGGAUUCCUUGUGACAAGAAAAGGAAGAAGAUGCCACCCGUGGACGUGGAGAUCAUCAAGCCCCGGAUGAUGCAGAUCGAUCGGACUCCAUGUGCCACAAGAAGGAAGGCGAUGCCACUCGUGGAGAACAUCGAGCACCCCCGCAUAUCGAAGGUCGAUCAGGCUCCAUGUGCCAAGAAAAGGAGAACGAUGCCACCCGUGGAGAUCAUCGACACCCUGAUCUCGAAGGCUGAGAUCCUCAGCUUGGUUACCCGACUGUCGUCGCUCUCGUCGAACAUGCCGACGCACAUCGUCGAGUUUCUGGACAAGGAGUGCACCGGUCACGCAGAAGAAAAGGCCGGCAAGAACGAGAUAGAGAUCGAUCUGGGAUCCAUGAGGCGCUCCGCCAUGUUCGCGCUGCAGAAGUUGCUGGACGAGUUUGCUGAAGAAGAGAAGCGUCAACAACAGGAGUCGAUGAACGUGUCCAGGUCCAUUAGUCGCUCAUCGCCGCGUGAACUAGAGGAUGGCGAGUUGAUCGAGGAGGCGCCGCGUGAACUAGAAGCUAGAGGAUGGCGAGUUGAUCGAGGAGGAGGAUUGCGGUGCCAUCACGGAUACAUGCGGCGGCUAUGCCUCUCCCGUAGCAGCAGGUAA